AUGGACAUCAAAAGUAUCAACGCAAAUUUUGAAUCAGUUAAAGCCAGUUACAAUAUAGAAUAUGAAGCUAAAGUGGAGCAGCUUCAAGUUGUUUUGUCUGUGCUGAAAGGACGAAAUGUAUUAGCCUUACUUCCAACUGGAUUUGGAAAAACUUUAUGUGUAGCCAUACCAACCAUGCUGUCAGAAGAUAAAGAUUGUAUAACGAUAGUCAUAUCUCCAUUGACUUCGCUGAUCGAUGACCAAAUAUGCAGACUUAAUAAACUGAAUGUACGCUGUGCUAAAAUAACAGGAAUAGGUGAAAUGGAAAGGCAGACAGUAACAGAAAUAACCAAUGGAAAGUAUUCAAUUGUCUUCUCAUCGCCUGAAUCAGUUUUAAAGCCUUAUUGGAAAACUGUCUUCCUCUCAGCUACGUGGCAAACUCACUUGAAAUUAAUUGCAAUCGAUGAGGCGCAUUGUAUAUCCGAAUGGGGGGAUGAUUUCAGAAAAGAUUACCAGCAGUUGUACGAGCUAAGAAGCUUCUUUGGAGCUCCUUUGAUGGCAUUGACUGGGACUUCAACAAAAAAAGUUAAAAAGGACAUAGUGGAACACUUGCAACUACUAGACGAAGACACUGAUCUUGUAUACAAGUCACCAGAUAGGCCAAACCUAUAUCUACAAAUCUUAAAAAAAGAAAGCACGGAUUACGAUUCUUGCUUAGACUGGUUAAUAAACCAUAUUCGCACUAAUGGCAAGAAAUCGAAAAAAAUUAUUGUUUACUGCAGAUCUAUUGACGCAGUAUCUGAAAUAUUUUGUUGUUUAAAAGAUAGUCUCGGUAAAAUGGCUUAUGUUGACGGAAUUGUGGAUGGUAAUCAAGUACUUCUGGAGAUGUAUCACAAAAGCACACACCAGGAUUCGAAAGACCGAAUUAUCAACGAAUUCAAGACAAAAACUAGUCGUAUCAGGUGCGUUAUUGCUACCGUGGCGCUAGGCAUGGGUUUGGAUAUUUCAGACAUAGACUUAGUUGUCCAUAUUGGCUGUCCAAAAACAGUUCUUUCCUAUUGGCAAGAGGCGGGUCGUUGUGCUAGGGAUGGUCGACAGGGAUAUAGUUUGAUCUUGUAUGACAACUUUACUCUUGCCCUCAAGACAACAGACAAAGAUAUUGCUGAUAUUGUAAAAAAUAAAGACGGGAAAUGCAUUCGAAAGCAAAUUUUAGAUGUAUUUUCUGAUGAAGACAGCAAUCAAGAAAUUGAAAAAGAAUCUUGUGAAGGUUGUGAAUUGGAUUGGUGUCAAUGCAGCAUGUGCAAGUGUUGUACACUUUGUGCCUCUAAAUGUCAGUGUCACACAAGAUGUAGUUUUAGUGUACAGAAAUUUUUAAAUGAAAUUCAGAAUGUAAAUACUACAAAUACAGACUGA